AUAACUCAGUUUUCAUUAGACGAAGCAAUAGAAUUUGUUUUUAGUCUCAAUUGUCCGAGGAAGAGGAAAAGAUCCACAGAGCAUUACGCGUUGAAAUUCACGUGGAUCCUCGGCAAAACAACCCGAUUAAGCAAUAAUCGGGUUCUUUGUAAAAAAAGAAAAGAAAAGUUGCUUUCCGGAGAGAAAAGGGGAAGAAAUGGCAUUCACGGGGACUCUGGAUAAAUGCAAGGCUUGUGAUAAGACAGUUUACUUUGUAGAUUUGUUAACUGCUGACGGAAUCAUUUAUCACAAAUCUUGCUUCAAAUGCACCCACUGCAAAGGAACUCUUGUCAUGAGCAACUACUCCUCCAUGGAUGGAGUCCUCUACUGCAAAACUCAUCACGAACAACUUUUCAAGGAGUCUGGCAAUUUCAGCAAGAACUUCCAAAACUCCGGGAAGUCCGACAAGGAAAAUUCAGUGCCAAGAACCCCGAGCAAACUCUCCGCCUUGUUCUGUGGAACCCAAGACAAGUGUCCGGCUUGUAACAAAACCGUGUACCCAUUGGAGAAGGUGACAAUGGAGGGAGAGUCUUUCCACAAGUCAUGCUUCAAGUGUGCCCAUGGAGGUUGCCCCCUCACACACUCAUCCUAUGCUUCCCUGGAUGGGAUCCUCUACUGCAAGGUACACUUUGCUCAGCUGUUCAUGGAGAAGGGAAAUUACAAUCAUGUCCUCAAGGCUGCUACUCACAAGAAGAGUGCUGUGGCACCUGUUGAGCACCCAGAAACAGCAGAGGAGGUAGGGGAGGAUGCCCCCAAAGAAGAAGAUGAACCAGAAGCACAUGAAUGAGUUAAUUCCCUAUUGUGAAUUGUGAUGAUAAAUAAUUUCAAGAGGUUGUGUGAUUGUGAUUAUUAUUAAUACAUAUGUGCGGUUGUGGUUGUACACUUGUAAUAUUGAUGUAUAUUUUUUUGUUACUGUAAUAUUUUUGCCAAAAAGCUUAAUGGAAUCAAAUUAUUCUCAG